GUGAAUUCCACAGCCGCUCCACACCGUUCUCGGGCGGGCCGUCUCCGGGGGUAGUUACAGAUUGGUGAAGCGCUUCUUGGAUGAAAGGGCUGAUGUACAUCAAAUGGAGCGGUAUAUCUGCAAUGGCCACGGGGGACCCGGUCUAUGUGAUGAAUACCUACUCCCCGAAGACGAUGUUGUCCCCCGGAUCAUUGGUACAUUCAAGCUGCUCCUGUCCGGCGAUUCUGACACCAUAAACGUCCAGGACAACCAUGAGGUGACAGCCUUGCACUACACAGUGGGAAGCCAUGCUGGAUGUGGCAUCCGGCAUUCUGGUGACGCCAUCAGAUUUCUAUGUGAGAACAGCGCAGAUCCCAGUCUUCAAGACAGUCAUGGCCAAACCGUGCUGCACGUAUUAGCUCUCCGAUCCGUGGACGGUGAGCCUAUCAACACCGCUCUGCUCAACCUCCUGAUAUCGCACGGUGCCAAUAUAACCACCAUCGACAAAGAUGGCAACACCGCUCUGCACAUCAUGGCGCGAAAUCUGCGGCAGGUCAACACGGGGCAAUUUCUACUCAGUCGCGGCGCGGAUGUCAACGCCAGGAAUGCCCAUGGAAACACACCACUGCAUGAAGUAAUGCGAGGAACCCUCCGGCUGAGAGACACCCGAGAUAAGAAGAUUGACAAUGUGACGAUGGCGGGUCGGAUAAGAGCGCAGGAUGAGAUGCUUCGGGUGUUGCGGGGUGCUGCCGGUGAUAGUUUCCAUGACUUGAUGGAGCAGCCGAAUGCAGCUGGCAAGAUGCCGCGACGAAUGCGUGAUGAGAUAAGGUCCCGGUGGUGGGAAAUGGAGGCGAGAAAGAGGACUACCUGCUGGAAGGGGGCGCCGGCGUCCAUUACAGUAGUCUCGUCCUGGACAUGUUGCCAGUGUCCAGUAAUCAGAUCAGGCUGUUGAGCGUGCUUAAGAGCUACAUCAUAAUAACAUCUUCUUGCUAGGAUAUGCUCUUGGCUUCGUUCGGAGCAAGAUCUCCGUGG